AUGACGAUCCUCUUGCCCGGCGCUUCGGCAGCUGAACAAUCUCCACGGUAUCGAGUCAAUCUGCAAACGGGCGAAUUGCACGGGAACGUCCGCAUAGUACAUUGUGAGCACAAGACCACGAUAGGUGAUGAAUUGAUACAUCAUUGUGCUGACCAUAUGCUGACUUUCCUGGCCUCUCUCCGUACCAGCAUACAAUGCGCCCCUUGCAUUGUCCAGCGUGCGCUGGGUCCAAGCGGUGUGGGCCAAAGCUUGCGUGAAGAAAAUUGAGGACAGCGGUGACCAAGUCCUGAUCCUCCCUUCUACGAAUAGCCAGAGGGGUGACAGCACCGUCGUCACCGUCGCAUGCCAGGCCCUCUCGGAGGACAAUCAGUGAGGCUCCCAGUCCGGAAUUAGACAUAUUGUCAACAGCUCACGCUUUGCUCUGAUGCAGGUACUUGAUCGAUUACUCGGACGAGGUUGCAGAAGGUCUGAAAUGGAGCAAAUUUCACAAGAAAGGCCAUCACUAG